AAAAUCAAAAGACUACUCAUGAUACCCUUGUUCAGCUCGAAUAUGUAUCUUGACCAGAUUUACAAAAGCCCCCCCAGUCGGUCGAAACUUAGCCCCAUUGCUAUCUUGACCGCUUUUCUGUUGGUCUUCUCAUCCGCUCGUACGCUCUUCGGAGGUGUGUUGACCAGCAUACAAGAGUAGUACAAUGGUCACUGCCACUCCGGAGUGUCUUGGGCGGAGUCGGUUCCAACCUGGAGAAUGCAUAGCCUCUCUGUCCUACUCGUACAGCUUACGAAGGACCUCAGCAGAGAGAAUCUGAGACUGCAAGCCUGGAGAUCGGCAGUUUUGGCGAGUGACUGGCAGGGAUCAUCUGGAUCGUUCUCAAUAAUGAAACCCUCAGGCACUGGCUCGCUGCGGCUCUGCCGAGAGUGUCAUGCUGCAUUGGUGCACAAGGCCAGCCCGGACACCACUGCUAAUAAAUUGAGGACGGAAAUGUGUCCCCUGGCCACGCUGGCGACGCGAACCAUGACCCCUGGAAGCCGACGUGCCAUUACUGUACGUUGUCCAGCCUAAGGAGCAAAUCAUUGACCGAGUGGGUUAAGCACGCCAUCCUUUUUCUCACGAAAAUUUGUAACCGGGCUACGUAUUGCGGGGACUGCGAUAGAGUACGAGAUGGAUUUCUCCUUGGCCAUGUCCUUUGCUGUAACCACUUGGGUGUCCCAUAUAACUUUAGAAGACACCCAGCCUAGGAUACGCCUUUCUUCUCCUUCUCUUCGUGUACAGCUCUCCUUGCAUACGAGCCUCUCGGAAGUGCUCGACUUAAUUUCUCACGAAAGACGCAACUGCAAACAUGGCCAACCCACCCCACGGAGGGGUCCUCAAGGACCUCCUUGCUCGAGACGCUCCUCGCCAUGAUAAGCUUGCUGAAGAAGCAGAGACGUUGCCCGCAGUCAUCCUCACUGAACGCCAGCUGUGCGAUCUCGAGCUCAUCCUCAAUGGCGGCUUCUCCCCACUCGAAGGGUUCAUGAACGAGAAAGACUACAACGGUGUUGUUGAGAACCUCAGAUUAGCGGAUGGCGCUCUCUUCAGUAUGCCCAUCUGCCUGGAUGUGGAUCAGCAGACGGUCGAGCGUAUGAAGAUCAAGCCUGGCGCUAGAAUCACCCUGCGAGAUUUCCGAGACGACCGUAACCUCGCCAUCCUCACCGUCGACGAUGUCUACAAGCCGGACAAGAAGAAGGAGGCUCAAGAGGUGUUUGGAGGAGACCCGGAGCACCCGGCCAUCAAGUUCUUGUUCAACUCCACAAAGGAGCUAUAUGUUGGUGGGAAGAUCCAGGCAGUCAACAGACUCAACCACUACGACUAUGUUGCGCUCAGAUACACGCCUGCGGAGCUGCGGACACACUUCGAGAAGCUGGGUUGGCAACGUGUGGUGGCUUUCCAGACCCGAAACCCCAUGCACAGAGCCCACCGUGAGUUGACAGUUCGCGCUGCUCGUGCCCGACAAGCGAACGUCCUCAUUCACCCUGUCGUUGGUUUGACCAAGCCUGGAGACAUUGACCACUUUACUCGCGUUCGUGUCUACCAGGCUCUCAUGCCGAGAUAUCCCAACGGGAUGGCUGUGCUCGGUCUUCUCGGUUUGGCUAUGCGUAUGGGUGGUCCGCGUGAGGCCAUCUGGCACGCCAUCAUCCGAAAGAACCACGGUGCCACCCACUUCAUCAUUGGCAGAGAUCAUGCUGGUCCUGGCAAGAACAGUGCAGGAAAGGACUUCUAUGGUCCAUAUGAUGCUCAGCACGCGGUCGAAAAGUACAAGAGCGAACUCGGAAUUGAAGUCGUGGAAUUCCAGAUGAUGACCUACCUCCCAGACACCGACGAGUACCGACCCAAGGACCAAGUCCCGGCUGGUGUCAAGACUCUUGAUAUUUCUGGUACCGAACUUCGCAGGCGCCUGAAGGUCGGCGCCCCUAUCCCUGAGUGGUUUUCAUACCCAGAAGUCGUCAAGGUUCUGCGAGAGUCAAAUCCUCCCCGUGCUACACAAGGGUUCACGAUCUUCCUGACCGGAUUUCAAAACUCCGGCAAGGAUGCUAUUGCCCGUGCUCUACAAGUCACCUUCAAUGAACAAGGUGGCCGCCCUGUCUCACUCCUAUUGGGUGAAACUGUCCGCCAUGAGCUUUCUGCAGAACUCGGCUUCACGAGGGAAGAUCGCGACACUAAUAUUGCUCGCAUCGCCUUUGUCGCCGCCGAGUUGACCAAGGCAGGCUCUGCUGUCAUUGCUGCACCAAUUGCGCCUUUCGAUGAGGCGCGAAAGGACGCCAGAGAAACUGUCGAGAAAUUUGGUAGCUUCUUCUUGGUUCAUGUGGCCACGCCUCUGGAAUACUGCGAGAAGACGGAUAAGCGGGGAGUAUAUGCAAGAGCACGAAGGAACUCGAUCAAAAACUUCACUGGCGUUAACGAUCCUUAUGAAAACCCAGAUGAUGCUGAUCUGACCGUGGAUUGCUCUAAACAAUCUGUACGAAGUAUCGUCCACGAGAUUGUCUUGAUGCUCGAAAGCCAGGGUUUCUUGGGCACGUCAUAAAAAAGAUUUCCCAGGCUUAUGUAGGCUAGACUAUGAGGGUUAUCCUGGAAGAAAAGUCAUGGUUUGAUGAUUGGAUGUAAUAGAUAGAUGGAUUUCAGCGCUUAUAUUAAGGGCUCCCAAAUAGAAUCGGGUUCUUGGCCAAAUGCCUCGCAUUGAACUUCUGAUCCUCAUAUUCUUGAAAACUCAAAGGUCAAUACUGUAAC